AAAAGUAACCUCCAAAAUGUCAUAACAUAACCUUCAACCUCAGUGAAAAAAUGUCGCACGUACAAAAUACAAAAAUAGAAAUAUUUAAACAAAUUUGUUAAUUUCGAGUGUCAAUUGGAAGCGUAGUAUUCAAUUUGAGUGAUCCAGAGACACUUUAAUCAACAUUGUGUGCGAGAAAUUUCACCAAGACGUAAAAAUGGUCGUGGCCUGUCGUACUCAACAGUUGAUAAAAACGGGCAAAACUGUGACUAUUUCAAAGAAGUUCAAUUAUUCGACUAGUACAUCGCUGGGAUUUAGAAAUUAUGUAGAUACAGUAUCAGUGCCUCGAAGUGAUAAACCCAGAGUAAGGCUCUAUGACUGCAAAAGAUUCCACUCUUCCAGGGAGAGCAGAAGUACGUUAGCCAAACUUACACCACAAGAGGUGGAUAAUAUAUUACGUGCCAAUGAAUAUACCCAUGAAUUUUCAAACGGAUCCGUCAAAUCGUACGACUCGAAUCAACUAGCUUCAAAUAAUCCAAUAGAAGAUACGCGAGCCGAAGCUUCCUGUUUAAUCACCAGCGGCCUCUUAGUUGGAAUUUUUGAUGGUCAUGGUGGAGGUGCUUGCGCUCAAGUAUUAGCAAAAAGACUUUUCCACUACAUAACAGCAUGUUUAGUUCCUCACGAUCACCUCACCGAAUACGUAGCGUCUUUAGCAUCGUCAAACCCAAUGAGAUUAAUCGAGUCAUACAACGAUAAAGUUCAAUUAGUCGAUGAUGUUAGGGAAUUGUACGAUAAGAGUUUUAAGGUGUUUCUCAAAGACUUAGCAGAGGUAGGACAUAAACAAGGAUUUGAAAUGAGUAAAGCACUCGAGAAAGCUUUUUUAAGACUAGAUGAUGACCUUUCAAAGGAAGCUUUACCAGUUGACGGAAAAAUAAAUAUGAAAACUUUGUCGGUGGCGAUGUCUGGGGCUGUAGCUUGUGUGGGGCACAUAGAUGGGGCACAUUUGCACAUUGCAAAUGUGGGGGACUGUUGCGCCGUGCUUGGUACGCUAUCCGAUACAAAUUCCUGGAUAGCCAAAAAGCUAACCCAAGAGCACAACUACCAGAACAAAUCUGAAGUGGAGCGCAUCAUCAAAGCCCACCCUUACAACGAAAGCAACACCGUGAUCAGAGUAGGCCGAUUGCUAAGCCAACUCGCUCCAUUCCGUGCAAUGGGCGAUUUCUGCUACAAAUGGAGCAAAGAAAUCAUGUACGAAGUGGUAGUCAAACAGUUCGGCAAAACUGCAAUCCCUCCAAAUUACCACACACCUCCAUAUCUCAUCGCCACUCCCGAGGUGACGCACCAUCGCCUCACCCCUCGUGAUAAGUUUCUAGUCAUUGCCUCAGACGGACUCUGGGACAUAGUCUCCCCACUUGAAGUCGUCCGUUUGGUCGGAGAACACAUGAAAGGCAAACCGACGCUAAGCUCUUUGAAGCUUCCGCGGAAAAACAUGACGCUGAGUGAAAUCAACGAACUGCUGUUGCAGAGGAAAGAGGGCUUGAAGACCAAGCCGAAGGACUCGAACGCUGCAACGCAUCUCAUACGGAACGCUUUAGGUGGAACGGAGUACGGGAUAGAUCAUGGAGAGUUGUCCGAAAUGCUGAGUCUGCCGGAUGAUGUUGUCCGGGUUUUUAGGGACGAUAUCACCAUCACUGUUGUUUAUUUCGAUUCGGAAUAUUUGAGGCAUUGUCCGCCGUAGGUAUGUGAUUUGGUCGUGUUUGUGAUUAGAAGAUAGUCAAUUUUUGUAUGCCUUGUUGAAUAGUGGGUAGGUUAGACCGACUGAAUGACUGGUACCUUUUGAUUCGUGAUGUUCUUAUUUAUUUUUAAUAAUAAUCUUAUAGAUAUUUAAUGACAAUAAAAUUGUGGGCAAUU